ACUGAGCAGAAGAGCAAUGUGAGCAAACACACCAGGAAGCCUUGGGGAGAGAGGGAGAGAGAGAGAGAUCCUGAACAGGAGAGAAAGAGAGAGAAAUGAUGCUGCAUUACAAGGACUUCGAAGGAUGCCUUAGUUGUGUGUAGAUGAACCCUCCCAUCGUCCAGCCUCAUUUCAUCUCAUCCCAUCCUGUCCAUGGAUUUGCUCCAUUCUUCACUAACCUCCUCUUGGGAGCUCUGUGGCUAGUGUGGCUGUCAGCCAGAUAUUUGGGAGGCAGAAACGAGAUAAUAGAGAGAGAGAGAGAAGAGACAACAGUCAGUGUCUUGGAAGAGAUAGAUAGAGAGAGGGAGAGAGAGAGAGAGAGAGAGAGAAGACAGUGAAGGGGGAAAAUUGGAGAAUAAAAGUAGGGCUGGUGUUUACAUGGGAGUGUUGCUGCAGAUUGAGACUCUGCUGUCAAGGAUAAAAACAACUGCAAGUUCAUUUGGGAGAAACUUUCUUUCUGAAGGACUUGGUAAAUGGAUCGACAUCUCAACUACAUCGCUGUUUGGCUGCAGCUGGAAAUCUGUGUCAUUACCAUCUUAUUUACCAAAGGUGAAAUCCGGUGCUACUGCGAUGGGCCUCAGUGUGUGGCCACGGGUUACAUGUGCAAGUCGCAGCUCACCGCGUGCUUUACCAGGCUGCUGGACCCUCAGAACGUCAACUCGCCCCUGCUCCACGGCUGCAUGGACACUGUGUCAAACACAACGGAGAUUUGCCAUUCGCAAAGUUCACAUCACAAAGGACACUGGACGCUCUUAGACUGCUGCUGGGAAGAUAUGUGCAAUUACAAAGGGUUACAAGAUUUGCUGUAUUCGAGCAAUAUGGACUCAGCGCGGGAGGCCAAGAAGCAGAGGGCGUCCGCCAACAGGAAGCAGGGUUACAUGCCGAAGUCCAGUGGGAAGGAGAUCUGGUUCAGAGCCGCGGUGAUAGCCGUGUGUGUCGCCGGGGCCUUCAUCCUGGUGCUGCUGGUAAUGCUGGCACUCCGCAUGCUGCGUAGCGAGAACCGGAGGCUGCGGCGCCGACACGAGCAGAUGAUCUCCCGGCUUCACUACAGCUUGCAGGAGCCACUGUCCGCCGACAAAUUCCUGGCUGCAAACUCCAACCUCGAGCAUCCCACACCUCUCCCUCAUCCCAGCAACUGUAGGAAGUGCUGCAUGGUCCACAGCAAACAGCAGCACCUACACCCACACAGUGAGACCUUCAACUCUUUUUUCCCCUGGGAUCUGAAAAGUGGUCACAAGAAGCUAACCCUGGUGUGAUAUCACCGCGAGAUCAUUGCUAACUGUUUCCCAGAUGUUUUCUUCUAACCACUCGGUUGUAAAUUUGGGCUCCUUUAUCUCUAUUAAAGUGCCGUUGUGAUUAGUAA